AUGAUACAAGACCAGAAGAAGUUAAAGCUAGAUCCCAAGCCAGGAUUUGUGAUAAAAACCAAGAUACUAGAAUCUAGGAACAGCUCGCAGGUUUUCACAAAAGUUUUUAUCAACAUUUGCCACGAUCCACAGGUACCGAAGCCAUCGAUUGCCUUUGAGCCUGAAGUCGUGUUCCCCAUGAUCAUUGACAACCAAUGGGAGAUCCCCAUUGUGGUAUCCAUUGUCAAAGAUUCCAAAGAUAAGAAAGGGUUUCCAUCGUUGGUUUACGACUGUUGUAUCAACGAUGAGUGUUUUCGUUGGUGCCAGAUUAGCAAAGAUUUGAAGCUUAUUUUGAUAGAGUGGUGUAUUGAAUCUGUCGAGAUGGUUAAUUCAGUUACCUUAGAGAGGGAGUACAGCAUUCCCAAAAUGUUAACCAAAGGUGAAUUGACCCAAACCGAGUUGACGCAGGAAGAGUUGAGUGAUUUGGGUUUCAAGAAGCUACACGACUUGGAACAAAACGAGACACUAGGCGUAAUUGAAGAACUUAAACUAGAAGGUGACAACGAGGAAGAGGAAAAUCUACCGGACUUGUUUAAUAUAGGUGGAGAGGGCGCCCCUAAAAAGUCGUUGAUUGAGGAAAUCUAG